AUGACUUCAGAAAGAACUCUUCUCCGCAGUCCUCUUAGCUUUCCAGAGUGGGCAAGAGAGACGGGCUAUCACAACUGGUUUGCUCGAGGAACGGCCGAAAACCUUGGUGCUAUUGGAGCCUUUGUGUCAUGGGAACAGACCGUUGGGGCGGCAGAGACUGACAUCAAAGCAAGCGAAACCGCCGAGGCUAGGAAAUACCGGGAAAAUGGGCUUGUGUACCCGCGGCUAUUAGGGGAGGGUAAGCCGGAGUGGACCUCCAUUGUCUCCACGAAAACAAAGAAGGAUAUCGAUAUCUCCGCCGAGAAGACAAAGCCUGACGGUUUGAUUCUGGUAAAGGCUCUCCUUACCUACAUCAUUCCUUUUGACAAGAGCAACCUCAGAUUUACGGAAACAGAAAAAGCAACAUGGAAGGCCAGGUACUCCGUUCAAAAAUGGUGGGUUCAUUGGAGUACAGACGCCGAAGGUGGAGUCUUAUGA